AUGAUGGAGAGAAUAAGAAAAGAGAUGAUUCUGAUGGAAAGAGGGCUGCACAGUCCCGUACCAGGCAAAAGACUUCCGAAUCUAUCCGACUCAAAUGGAAACGCGGUGCUAGAGGCCCUAGAAAAUUCUCAGCACGCCGGGCGACUAAGCCCGAGAAUUACCGCUUCUCUUCACGCUAGUCUGGGCGAGGUGCCCAGCAAAGGAAAAUUCGAAAUCGACAGCUUGUUCGGAAACCACCACACAAGCGACAACAGCACGUCUGCGGAAAUCUCCUCCUCCGAAAACAGAAAGAAACCAAGCCUCUACCCUGAAGUUUCUACUGACUCCGAAAUGAACAGCGAUGUGGAAGUGGGUUGCCCAUCGCAUCGGUCCCCGGGCAGUGUCAGCCAGCACAAGGAAAAUAAUAAUAAAGGUUUUUCUGACAGCAAUUGUGGGACUUCCAAUUCAAGCUCAUCAUCUGUCUCCAAUCAUAACGGAAACUCUAUUGGCAGCUCGACCAACUCAAACGCGGACCAGGUGAGAAGGUACCGGACGGCCUUCACCAGGGAACAAAUCGGAAGACUGGAGAAAGAAUUUUACAGGGAAAACUACGUCUCAAGACCCAGGAGGUGUGAGCUAGCAGCAGCUUUAAACCUUCCGGAAACAACUAUAAAGGUGUGGUUCCAGAACCGACGAAUGAAGGACAAGAGGCAGCGCCUGGCGAUGUCCUGGCCACAUCCGGCAGAUCCCAGCUUCUAUACUUACAUGAUGACGCACGCAGCGGCCACCGGAAGUCUGCCGUACCCGUUCCAUUCGCACAUGCCCCUGCACUACUACCCACACGUGGGCGUGACGGCCGCGGCGGCGGCAGCUGCAGCUUCAGGGGCCGCGUCUUCACCCUUUGCCACCUCCAUUCGGCCCCUCGACACUUUCCGAGCGCUUUCCCAUCCGUACUCGCGCCCGGAGUUACUCUGCAGUUUCCGGCACCCCGGACUGUACCAGUCGCCAGCGGGCCUCAACAGUUCAGCAGCGGCGGCGGCUGCGGCGGCAGCAGCGGCGGUUAGCGUACCCUCAGUCAGCGCGUGCUCAUGCCUCAGCUGCCAUAGCGGAGGCGCACUGGGCUCCCGCAGCGCAGGCUCGGACUUCACAUGCACAGCGAGUGUGCCCAGAUCCGAAAGCGGAUUUCUACCCUACUCGGCCGCUGUGCUAAGCAAAACCGCAGUGCCCUCGCCGGACCAGAGAGAUGAAAGCGCACUUAAUAGAUAA